GCUGAGACCCACGACAUGGAGACUGUCUCUCCUCUUCCUUCCUUCUCCAUGGAUCUGCUUAUUCAGGACAGUCCUGAUUCUUCCACAAGCCCCAGAGUAAAACUACUGGCCACGGCUGCAGACAAGAGCACAGAGAAGAAGGAAGAGAAGGUCCUGGUCAAGAAGCAGAAGACCAGAACCGUGUUCUCUCAGACGCAGCUGUGUGUGCUCAAUGACAGAUUUCAGAGGCAGAAAUACCUCAGCCUCCAGCAAAUGCAAGAACUUUCCAACAUCCUGAACCUUAGCUACAAACAGGUUAAGACCUGGUUCCAGAACCAGAGAAUGAAAUGUAAGAGGUGGCAGAAAAACAACUGGCCCAGGAAUAGCAACAUUGUGACCCAAGGAUGCUUGGUGAACUCUUCCGGAAACCUGCCCAUGUGGGGUAACCAGACCUGGAAUAACCCAACUUGGAGCAACCAGAGCUGGAACAGUCAGUCCUGGAACAACCAGAGCUGGAACAGUCAGACCUGGUGCCCCCAAGCCUGGAAUAAUCAGACUUGGAACAAUCAAUUCAACAACUAUGUUGAGGAAUUCCUGCAGCCCCAGAUCCAGUACCAGCAAAAUUCUCCUGUCAGUGAUUUGGAGGCCACCUUGGAAACUGCUGGGGAAAGCUAUAACAUAAUACAGCAAACUGCUAAGUAUUUCAAUUCCCAACAGCAAAUCAUGGAUUUAUUCCCAAAUUACUCUCUGAACAUACAGCCUGAAGAUUUGUAACGAUGGCUGUAUUAUUCAAUCU